GGCAUGGACGAAGGCAUCACACAAACGACAUUAAAAAGUUCUGACUCAAAUCAAGAGCAUGUGUUUAAUUUUCCAAUCGAUAUAACAUGGAAGUCUUCAAAUCCUUUUGGAUGGCCACAGUUGAUCAUUCAUGCAUAUGGGUUAGACAUUUUUGGAAAAGAUGUUAUACGGGGUUAUGGAGCAGUACAUGUUCCUGUUCAGCCAGGGAAGUAA